AUGUCAGAUCUUGCCGCUCUGGCGGCAGCUUUGCCUAAAUGUGCUGCAACAUGCAUGCUCGCCGCCGUUAAGGGAUCGACUUGCGCUAUCGCCAACCAAACUAACCAAGCGUGCGUGUGUCACAAUGAAGACCUCAACGCCUACGCCACGGCCUGCAUCACCGCGAGCUGUACCAUUAGAGAGGCUCUAUUUACCAAGAACUUGACCUCCACGUCAUGCGGUAUCGCACCAACCGUCGACCACAUAUACGUCACUACUUCAAUCAUCUUUGUCGCCCUGUCUGCGAUUUGUAUCUUGCUGCGCGUAACAGCGAGGCUCCAGGCAAAAAUCCCAGUCUGGUGGGACGACUUCAUCAUUACUUUGUCUUUUGUUCUGGCGUCGCAUGGCUUGGGAAGUGACAUUUGGGCGGUGUCGUUCGAUGACAUUACACUGAACCUCAAGGGACUCUACACACUCUUUAUUCUCUACAUUACGAGCCGCGACCUCGUGCGCCUGUCCAUUCUCCUCUUCUACCUUCGCAUCUUCGGCGAAUCUCAGCAGGCACGGCGGCUGAUCCAAUUCACCUUUGUACUAAUCCUUGCAUGUUGCAUAGCGUUCGACUUUGCAAUCAUAUUUGGCUGCACCCCAAUUAAUCAUUUCUGGACGUCAUGGGACGGCCAGCAUGAGGGCCGCUGUAUCAGCACUAACGGUAUAUUCUGGGCUGGUGCCUUUGUCGUCAUCGCGAUAGAUCUUUGGGUCAUGCUGAUCCCGCUGCCAUUUAUCGUGCGGCUGAAUUUCUCGCUGAGGAAGAAGAUCUUGUCGGCGAUCAUGUUCACUUUUGGAAUCUUCGUCAUAAUCGUCAGUCUUUAUCGACUCAAGACUAUCAACCGUUUCACUCUAUCCAAAAACCCGACGUUGGACUUCGUCGACGUUGGUGUCUGGUCCGGCCUUGAGCUUUACGUUGGCAUUAUCUGCGCCUGCCUGCCAAAUUUCCAUAGCCUCUUGAAGCCUGUCUUCGCAUGGAUGGAUUCGAGGUUAUCAUCAAGGACCACGCCUUCAAAUCAUGACGUUGGAGCUGCUGGUGGUACCCGCUGGCGACACUCCCGCCUGGUUGACACAAAGUUUGACCCCGAGCCGACGAUCCGUGCGACCACAACCGUCAAUGUUGCGCACCAUCAUCCAGAGCUCCAAGGAAAUCUACAUAAUUCGAGCACAGAAGACAAUGCAGGGAGCAUUGAGCACAUUGAGCUUGGCCAGAAGAAAAACGGUGAAACGAUUGCCAGCGUGUGGGUUUGA